UCUGCCCUGAAGGGAGUGGAGGAGCAGUCAGUUCAGUCCAUCCCGCAACCAAACAUGGAUGAACUACUGCUGCUGACGGAGGAUCAGACGAUGUGACUGUAAGGAUGCGUCCACCGCACAUAUCCCGUUUAUUUCUUCAGUUUUUCUUCCUCUGUAACACAUGGAGGACACUGGCGAAAUCACUACCGACCCAGGGAGCAGUCGAGGUGCUGAUUAAAGUGCAGGUCUUUGACAACAGUGACCUUUCACCUUUAAAGGAAGCCAAAGUUCAGGCAUGUGGUAACCAGACCAUCUUAGCAUCCAGCCUGGCAGGAAAGGAUGGGAUCGUCACGCUGAAUUUCCUGUAUCGACCAGGAACAUGGGUCAUUGUCACAGCAUCAAAGCAUGGAUUUGUCACAAACUCAGCACCCUGGCAUGCCAGUCGCAUUCCCUUAUACGCCUCUGUAAGUCUGUACUUGCUUCCUCAGAGACCAGCCACUCUCCUGCUGUAUGAUGAUGUGGUGCAUUUACUGCUGGGUGCUCCAGGCACCCGGAGACAUCCGUGGGUACAACUUCAGAGGAAAGCCAUCCGGCCGGCCCUAAACGCCUCCCAAAUCACCCUCUCUGCCCUGCUGACCUCCUCCCGCAGUCAGUAUGAGCUCGGGGGCUUCCCCUACCCCCUCGCCUUAGAGAACAACUCAACGGGGCCCAAUAGUAGCUGGACAGAGCUGACUGCUGUGGCUGCAAUGUAUGCUCAGCUCACAGGCCCUAAUGGCACUGAGGUUCAAGUGUCUGAACCCAUUCACAUCUCUAUCCCACUUCCCUCCGACUCGCCUCUCAAGACUGCCACCAGUGUCCCCAUCUGGAGGUUUGAUGACAGGAUAGGUCUAUGGGUGCGAAGCGGUGCUGGCUACAUCAAAAAGGAUGGCACCCAGAUGACAUGGAGUUUUAUAGCUCCAAAUUUAGGAUACUGGCUUGCGGCAUUUCCAUCAACGUUAGGGAGUGGUCUGAAUCCCACUGGUUUAAGGGACAUCACUACCUACCAUACCAUCUUCCUGCUUGCGAUUUUGGGUGCCAUGGCCCUUUUAGUUCUUAUUCUGCUGUGUUUGCUACUGUACUACUGCAGAAGGCGAUGUCUGAAACCUCGACACCAUCGUCGUAAAUUGCAUCACUCUUCAACUCUGGAGAGCUCAAAGAGAGACCAGGGCACAUCCACCUCUCACCUCAAUCUCAUCAGCAGCGGACACAUGGAGACAACAUCUUCAACCCCCAAUCCUGACGGCAUCCGAUCCAUCCUUUCCUCCGACCGCGAAACCCCUCGAGAAGACUUCUACAGAUACGCCCCUACCCAGAGACUACGAGACGCAAAGAGAGGAGAGAGCCUCCCGUUAAAAGCUAUUCGAUCUACAAACACAGGAACCCGAGACCCACUCCUGCAAGACGACUACAGCAGAAGUUAUAGCUCUGCAGAGGACUCUGAUGAACGCAGAUACCCACAUCAUAAUGCUAAAGACAAUCAAGGCUAUUCAUCAGGUCCUCCUUCACCGCCUCCCCUUUUGCCACCAUUUGCUGGCCACUACCAGGAGCAUCGGGACAGCAAUCCUCCCGAGUAUUACGCAUCCCAGCCAGGCGAUCACCUAAGUCGGCCCAGUUCACUCAACACCCAGCCUGGGCAGCUGAUCUUCUGUCACUCCAUGGAACAGAUGAAGGAGAGCAUGUACCACAGCAUGGUGCCCACAUUGGUCAUCCCUGCACAUUACAUGCAUAUGUCCUCCGACCUAUCAGCUGUAGAGCAAGCAAUGGAAAGACAGCAACAGCUGCAGCAUGAUACAGAAGGCAUCCAGGUUAGCUUGACACUACCGCGGCAACCGAGUCAACACCAAAAGGAACAACAGCAGGCCAAGAACGAGGAGGAGGAGGAAGAGUCGAGCCCACAAGCUGAAGAUCCAUCAGAGAAGAACUGGGAAUCUGAACAAUCUACCGCUCCGGUCCGUAUCCCCGUUUUGUUCAACGACUCCACCAUUGCGCAAAUGAAUGGAGAGCUGCAAGCGAUGACUGAGAAGAAACUGCUGGAGCUCGGGGUCAAACCGCAUCCCCGUGCCUGGUUUGUUUCCCUCGACGGUCGUUCAAACUCUCUCGUUAGACAUUCCUACAUUGAGCUGGGCAACGAAUUAAAGGGGACUAGUAGUGUACCCCAGGAGCACCGUGCAGAAAUGCACCCCGCAAGCUCAGGGAAGUCAUUUCAGCGAAAAGUGAAAGAGGGAAGGGAAAGAAAAGCUCAAGGCAAGAUUUAUUCCAAGCUUCCAGUUAUAGACACGCCAGACUCGAGCAGCGAAAGCCAAUCAGCCAUGUACUCACCUGAGGAGAACUCCACAGCCCCACUGCUCAAUGAUGCCUCUCAGAAAAAAGGCGGGACUUUCCCUCGUAAAGGACGUAGUCGAGACGACAGCACCCAAAGUAGCGCCAGCGAGGUCCACAGAGAUUGUGUCACCAGCCCUGACGAUGACAACGAAGGAGAAGACAAAGAUGAAGACGGAGAGAAUAAAAAGAGCCCCUGGCAAAAGCGUGAAGAAAGACCUCUUAUGGUUUUUAAGUAACUCAUUACUGUCCAGGGCACCAUCUUCACUACACCAUCGUCUAUUCGAUGCUCAUCGGAGUUUGAAAGAUACAGAACUGGAAAGGAGUCACAUGAUAGCACGAUUGAAGGCAUGGCACUUACCUGAGAGAGCAUCAAGAAUAAGCACUGAAUCUUACUUGUUCGAAAGCAUCUUAGAUGACCUUCAACUCUUGCUGUGUAGAAAAUGACAUCAGAUUUCAUUCUGGCACCGGUUCCUCAUACCAGAGAGACCUGUAAUUUUGAAUCCUAACUUUGCUCAAGAUGUCUUGCCCUAAUAUUUUCCUUAAGUGAUGCCCAGCUUUUAUAAGAAUGACCACAAUGAGCCAUUUUAAAGCAAAGCAAUCCAUAAGCCUUAAAGAGCUUUUAUUUUGUUUCAAUGAACGAGUCGAUGAAAAAGAGGGCUUUUAAAUAUUUUUAAAAUAGUUUUAUUGUAGUGUUGGAUUUACUCAAACUUUUAACUGGUUUAUAUGACUACGUAGAGCUGAACUUUCAAGAUGUGUGGAUAUAUGUGAGAAUCAUCCAUUUUACAAGUGAAAUGAUUGCUGAAUAAUCUGGGUUACGCAUGUGACUCCUAAUGACACUGUAUUUUGUAUUGUUGGUUAAGGACGCCCUUUUGUACUGAUCUAAAACCAAUGUUGCUGUUUCUUUUAAGGAUAGAUAGGAAAGCUGCUCUUAAAGGAUUAGUCCAUUUUCAUA